AUGAUGAAUAUAAUAAGGAACUAUGUAGUUAAAAGGAGUGGUAAAAUUUUUAAAAAACCAAAUUACAGAAUUACAAUGGACCAAAUUGGUUUAAUGGAGAGUGUAUUUUUAACAAAGAAUGGUACACCAAGACAAAGUUAUAAAUUGGUUCCAGAUUCUAGUGGAAAGAUUAAAAUAGAUUGUAAACAUGCAGAUGAUGCAUUAAGAGGAUUGGAAGGUUAUAGUCAUGUUUGGGUAUUAUUUUGGUUUCAUAAAAACAAUGAAGAUUAUAAAAAAAAAAUUAAAACAAUUGACGAUAAAGAAUAUAACUUUAAUUAUUUUAGUAGUAGUGAUAAAAAUAAUAAUAAAAAAAAUAAAAAUAGUAAUAAUAAUAAUAAUAAUAAUAAUAAUGAUGAUGAUGAUGAAAAUAUAGAUACUGAAAAUAAUGAAAACAUUAUUGAAAUUAAAUCAACGAUUAAAGAAAGAUCACCACCAAGACAUGUUACAGUUAAACCACCAAGAUUAGGUAAAAGGAUAGGUGUAUUUUCAACACGUUCACCACAUAGAUAUAAUGAUAUUGGAUUAUCACUUUGUAAAAUUGAAAAGAUUGAAUAUGAUACAAUUUAUUUAAGUGGUGUUGAUAUUAUAAAUGGUACACCAAUUAUUGAUAUUAAACCCUAUAUACCUCAAUAUGACUCUAUACCAGACGCAAUCGUUCCAAAUUGGGUUCAACAACAAGAAACUGCUAUCAAUGAUAUUAAAUUCACUGAUAAUGCAAAUAAAGGUAUUGAAAUUUGUUUAAAUUCUGUUGGUUUUGGUUUAUUAGAUCAAGGUGAUGAAAUUAAUAAUAAUAAUAAUAAUAAUAAUAAUAAUAAUAAUAAUAAUAAUAAUAAUAAUAAUAAUAAUAAUAAUAAUAAUAAUAAUAAUAAUAAUAAUAAUAAUAAUAAUAAUAAUAAUAAUAAUAAUAAUAAUAAUAAUAAUAAUAAUAAUAAUAAUUUACAAGAAAAUCAAAUUGAAAAAAUUAAAAGAUUAAUUUCAAAUGUUUUAAUUAGUGAAGUUAGAUCAACUUUUAGGAAACUUAAAAAACCAGAUGAAAGAUGGGGAUUUUUUAUUGGUAAUUUAAAUAUUCAAGUUUAUAUGUCAAGCCCUGGUGUAAUGACAGUUUAUAAUGUUGAAGAUAAAAAUGUUUGGAUUGAUUUUCAAAGAACACAAUUAUCAUUAUCAGAAAUACCACAUGGUCCAAAAAUAUAUGAAAUAAAUGAUAAUGAAAACAAUGGAAAUAUUGGAAAUGAAUAG